AUGACAAGCCACUCUUGGAGCACUGAAUCUAGCAGGAAAAGCCACUAUGCCUCGAGGGACCUUUCAGAAGUUGUGAGCAACUUGCUUCAGAGCUGGCAUGUUCCUGGCAUCUCCCUUGCUGUGGUCGAUGGGGAUAAUUUCCUUACCGAGGGUUAUGGAACGGCAGAGUUCCCCUCGACCCCUUUCUGCGCGGACACUCUAUCAUACGCCGGUAGCACCACCAAGGCCCAUGUCGCAGCUCUUCUGGCAAUUCUGAUCGCUAGAAACGAGUACAAAGAUGACAGGGGCCAACCACUCUCCUGGAAAACCCCAAUUUGCUCUCUUAUCAGAGCCGACUUUGCACUGGAAGAUGAAUGGGCAACGAAUCACAUCACCAUUGAGGACGCUCUCUGCCAUCGUACGGGUCUAGGAAAGCACGAGAAUGCCUACCUCCGCUAUAUAAGGCCUUCCGGCUUUGACGGACGCAAAAGAGUGAUAACACUCCAGGAAAUGGUGCAGAAUCUGCGACACUUGCCCAUGAUUAGCGAGCCGCGCGCAGAGCACUGCUACAGCAACCUCAUGUUUGUGGUCCUCUCACAUGUGAUAGAAACGCUUACCGGUCAAUGGCUCGGUGAUGCUCUAUGCACUUGGCUUUGGAAGCCACUCGGGAUGGAGAACACCUAUCUCUCGCUAGAGCAAGCCUUAGAAUCGGAUGCUCAUGUGGCCCGGGGUUACUUCUGGGACGAGGACGAGGGCCAAUAUCAGCCAUUCACCCGAAUGCCAACAGAGGAGGUCAGUGGAUCAGGUGCGAUUAUCAUGUCUGCAGCGGAUAUGGUCAAGUGGUUGAAGUUUUGGAUUCGUGAGCAAGAACCAUUGAGCCCGAAAGCGCAUAGGACUCUCCGCCAUCCACGGAUCCCAACUGGAAUGGCGGAUCCAGCUCCGUUCGAUACACCUAUUAUGUAUGCACAGGCAUGGCAGACUUCUUCGUAUUGUGGACGUCGCUUUUGGAGACAUCACGGAGGAAUGGAUGCCUUUGGAGCUUUGGUGACCUUCAUCCCCGAUUUGGAUUUUGGGGUUGCCGUUAUGGGAAACACGGCAUUCACAGCAAAUGCCGUUGCAGAGAUACUCACUUGGCAUUUGGUUGACAACAAACUUGGAAUUCCCCCCAAGGAGAGGUAUAAUUGGACCAAAUUUUGGCAGAGAACCGUGGAAAUUGCUAAAGAAAACGUCCGCAACGGGCUUGAUACCAUUUAUCCUAACCGCCCUGAGAAGCCCAUACGACCCUCCCUCGCACUAUCAAAGUACGCCGGGGUAUAUUAUCACCCUGGAUACAAAUACCUGACUGUAGUGACCACCGAAAGAAGACAAGGCAAAUUGGUGAAUGCAAGACCCGAUCCGAAACUACAUGCAAAGCUUCCGGACCUCAACUUCCGCACCAAGUGUGACUUUGUCCACGUCUCCGGGGAGAGGUGGAUUGCGUAUGUGGAUUUGAUGGAUGCACCAACUCUGACGAUGCAUGGCUUUGCUGCGGUGGAGUUUCGGAUUGGCAUUGAUGGCGAGGUGGAGUCUAUGGGGAUUGAGUGGCGGACAAGAUCUGGUUUAGACGCAUGCAUCUGGUACAAGAAGAUCUGCACUAGAGAUGGAUCUGUUAAAGGCUAG